AUGAAUUUCAAAAAUAAAUAUGCUUAAUACAAAUUUGUCAAACAUAAUAAUUAAACGUUUGUUAAAUCAUAAGUUAAUAGAUUUUAGAUGUAAAGAAGAUAUAAAGGAAAAGCUUAUAAAUAGCUUAUUCAUACAUGAAGAUUUUAUAUCUACUCUAGAAGAAAAGUCAUUGUUUCAAGAAAUUGAUCCAUUUUUGAAAAAUUUAAUAUAUGAAAACGAUCACUGGGAUGAUGCAAUAAUUGGCUAUCGGGAAACAGAGAAAAAAAGCUGGAAUAAAAACAAUACUAAAAUAAUAGAUAAAAUUAAGGAUACUGCAUUUCUAGAUAAAAAUAUGAUUAUUCCCUAUAUCCAUAUUUUAGAUUUGAGUAAAAAUGGAUAUAUUAAACCACAUGUAGACAGCAUUAAGUUCUGUGGUAAUAUAAUUGCAACCUUAAGUAUAUUGUCUGCCUCCAUUUUAAGGUUAUCUCAUAUAAAUGAAGAUGCCAUCAUAGAUGUUUUAAUACCUCCAAAAUCACUUUAUAUUAUCAAAGAUUUUGCAAGAUAUAAUUUUAAUCAUGAAAUAUUAGCAACAGGUAAUUUAUUCAAAGGAAGUACAAUAAAUAAAGAACGUAGGAUUUCUAUAAUUUGUAGAAAUAAAAUAUAAUUUUAAACAUUUAUUAAUCCAUUUUUAUUGAUAUUGAACUAAAUUCUGAUAUAAAGCUUUUUGCCUUUUUACUCAUAAAUGAAGAUGUUG